AUGACGAACUAUGCUGGCCCUGGUGCUGAUGAUGAGGAUCUGCUUCAAGAGCUCAUUCCUGCUUUUCAACAGACACCUCCUGUUCGACUACUUUACCUGCAGGCAGCAAUUGCUCACAUUAUUGGAUCCUCGACAGUUGCUGAGGCCACCAAACAGAUUCAAGACGGCCUGGAUCUUAUUGAGCUUUGUGGUGCAUUACUGACAUUCCCCAUUCCUCGACGCUCAAUCAUCACCAUGAAGAAACACUUAGGACUCCAAACAGAUGACUAUGUUUUGAGGAUCGAUGUAUGCUACAAAUGCUACUCUCUUGACAACAUUCAGAAACUCGACACCCCUACAUGCAUGGUCUCUUGUUGCAAAGGGAAUGUGUAUCGUACCAAAUGUGAACAUACAGACCCUGCGACAAGCGAAGAUCAGUUCAAGUGUAUCCCUGUAAAGGUCCUCGUUUAUUGCCCUAUAAUCAAAGCAGUACAGCACUUCCUCCUGAGGUCAAUGUUUGUCAGCAAUCUACGAGACACCUCUCAGGAUAUCGAUCACAUGGAGCUCUCAGAUGACGACUUGAUGCAUGAUAUACACGAUGGCACUGAGUGGACAAAGCUCGAAGUUGGUCUCAAGCAGGUGUGUUUACCUGAUGGCAGCAUCACUGAUAUUGAGGAGUCACCAGGCUCAUGGGGUCUGCUUGUUUGCUGUGACGUUGGACUCAGUAUGACACUCAACAUUGACUGGUAA